AUGUCUUGUAACAUUGUAUCAACAUCUUCAAAAAGACUUGCUUGUUAUUUUCACGUAGAUGGGAAGUUUGUGGAAAAGGACAAUGGCGAAGUUAAAUACUGUGGUGGGACUGUCAGAGUAAGAGUAAUAAAUGAGGGUACAAAACUUGAAGAUUUGAGGGCAAUGAUAGGCGAAUGGUUCAGCAUGGAUUGUCAUGGCUGUGAUAUUAAAUACACUUUGAGUUUUGAUGAGAGGGUAUUGGUAGAUCUUAUAGAUGAUGGUGAAGUUGAUAAUCUAUUUGAAUAUAAUGACCGUAAUGCACAUAUUUAUAUAGCACAUAAAGGUAAUGACAAUGUGGAGGAAGGAAUGGGUUAUCCAGAAAUGAUCUCAAGAAUGGAAGGACUGUCAGAACAGAGUGAUGAGCCUACGUUGGAGGGAAAUGCUUUGGAAAGUACAAGUUCUGGAGGCAGUGAAAGACCUAAUGUAAGCCUACCAUACGGAGUAGUGAGUGCACCUACACCUUUGCCGGAGAUGAAUUCUUUGAAAUGGAAGGAAUUGUUGUUAGGACGGAACCAAACUUUUGCAAAUGCAGAAGAUUUCAAGAAGAAAGUACAUAAGUUCAGUAUUGCAAACAAGUUUGAGUACAAGUAUGUGAAAAAUUGUAGGGGAAAAAUGUAUGUGAAAUGUAGUGUUGAAGGUUGUCCGUGGAGGAUAAGUGCAAGAGUGGGCAGAAAGAGUACUCCCUUUUUACGUGUGGCAACAUUCAUAAAUGAGCAUGUCCAUAAUGCACAAGACAAUCUUUGUGUGGAACAUUGUGGUUCAGCUAGCUUGACAGCAUCAAUCAUCAGAGAUGAGGUAAAUGAUCACAUAGACAGGCGUCCAAAUGAUAUAAGGAAGACUUUAGAAAGAGAUUAUGGUAUGAAGUUGACAUAUAAACAAGCAUACAGGGCAAAGCAAAAAGCUUUAGAGGACAUACAUGGCAGGCCUGACCAGUCUUAUAUGCUUAUUCCGUGGAUAUGUGAACGGUUGAAGGAAACAGAUAACAAAACCGUGGCCAAAUGGGUGGCUAAUACUAAUAACACAUUUGAGCGUGCAUUCAUAGCAUAUGGGUGUUGUAUAGAAGGCUUUAUAGCUGGUGCUAGACAUGUACUGUACAUUGAUGGAUGUCAUUUAAGUGGACCGUAUAAGGGGACGUUACUGUCGGCGUCUGCUUAUGAUGCUGACAACGAAUUGUUACCUUUUGCGAUUGCUGUUGUAAAGGGAGAGACACUUGAGGAUUGGACAUGGUUCUUAUAUAUGAUUAAGGAGAUAGUUGGCUCGAUGGAAUUGACAAUUGUGUCAGAUCGACACAAUGCAAUAAUAGGCGCCGUGCAAGCAAUAUUUGGUGGUGAGAGGCAUGCAUACUGUUACAGACAUGUUAAGGAAAACUUCAGUGCACAAAUGAUUAAAUUAAAUAGAGGAAAGAGGAAGACUAGUGGGAAAGCAAGGGAGGAGGGACUGCAAUACCUGGAUGCCAUUGCAUAUGCAAGGCUUGACACCGAGUUUGAUGGUGCAAUGGAUAACAUGAGAAAGUUCAAUCCACAAUUAUUUGAGUGGCUUCUUAAUCAUGGUGAUGUUGAAAGGUGGGCCUUAAGUAAAUUCCCAUUUAAACGGUGGGAUAACAUCACAACAAACCUUGCUGAGUCAUUCAAUGCUUGGAUGUUGAAAGAGAGACGAUAUAAUGUUGCCCAACUUAUACAUGAGCAUCGUGAGAAAGUGGCAAAGAAGAUGUAUGCAGCAAGCAUAGCAAUGAGUAAUUGGAAAAAUGGUGUAGGCCCAAACAUAGAUGCAAAAUUGGUGGACAAUGUUGCUAGAUCAGCAUGCAUGCUGAGUGUACCUUAUGGAGGAGGUAGGGUGUGUGUCCAUACAGCAAAAGGAGCUGUACAUGUUGAUCUUGGUCUAGGCGAAUGCACCUGUGCAGCUUGGCAAAUGUCAGGCAUUCCAUGUCCCCAUGCCUGUGCAGCGAUUAAGGCUGUGAAUUGCAAUGUCUAUGAUUUUGUUGAUGAAUGCUACAAGAUUACAUCACAGCAAAAGAUUUAUGGCAGGAGUAUGAUUCCAGUGGCGACAGUAGACAUGCCAAAUCCUAACAAUUACUGGGUGGAAAAUAUAGGAAGUCAAGUGUUCUUGGCACCGCCUUUGACUAAUCGACCGCCAGGAAGGCCUAAAGUAAAAAGACGAGAGUCACAGUUCAGAAUAGGAAGAUCUACCAUUGUAGCACAUGCAAACAAGUUGGGCACACAAGAAGAACGUGCAAGAAUCCAAACCCAAGUUGAACUUAGAUGUCAAUAG